GUCGCGCGCGCCUCAGUCUCUGGUUGUGAGCGCGUGGAAGCAGCAGCUGUUCCGUCAGAUGCAGCAGCACUGAAGAGCGACGACGGAUACCGUUUAAAAUUUCAGCUUCAUUCACGGUUAUUUCGCAGGAUUAUCUCGCCGAAUCACACCGGGGGCUCGGAGUGGACUCUCUUCACAACGGCUUUCUGGAACUGUUGUUCACCAGACUCGAACCCCAUCAUUGCAGUUUACUCCCUUCUACGUCACAAGUCAGCCAACGUUUUCGGCGAGCUACUGGACAAACUGGUAACAGUGGGAAAGCCGUCCAUACGAAGGUUUCUCUGAACGCCGUGAUGAGCUCCUGAGUGCUCCGUUCUCCUCGGCCAGCUGUCUUGGAAGAGCAAGGGCUCUGGUGACGGCAGUGGCACCCAGAGAAAAACUGUGACGAGCGGCCAUGGCUAGUGCAGCAGACGGCAUCGGCAGUUUGGGAACUGAGCAGAGCCACAUCAACGUUCCUGUGGCUGAUCCCGGAGCCUGGGCCACCGCCAUGAACAACCUGGGCAUUGUGCCGAUGGGCUUAACCGGGCAGCAGCUGGUAUCAGACUCCAUCUGUAUCCAGGGUUUCGACCCUAACAUUGGCAUCAUCACCCCAAUCAACCCCAUGAUGGCGGGCAUCAGUCUAGUGCCACCUCAUCCCGUGGCAGCAGAACUUCCUGUAAUAAAGGAAAUCAUUCACUGCAAGAGCUGCACGCUGUUCCCGCAGAACCCCAAUCUUCCUCCACCCUCCACGAGAGAACGGCCUCCAGGGUGUAAGACAGUGUUUGUUGGUGGGCUUCCAGAAAACGCCACUGAGGAGAUCAUCAAAGAAGUGUUUGACCAGUGUGGGGAGAUCAUCGCCAUCCGCAAGAGCAAGAAAAACUUCUGCCACAUUCGAUUUAUUGAGGAGUUCAUGGUGGACAAGGCCCUCUACCUCUCAGGCUAUCGGAUGCGCAUUGGCUCCAGCACUGAUAAAAAGGAUUCGGGCCGCAUUCAUGUAGAUUUCGCUCAGGCAAGAGACGACUUGUAUGAGUGGGAGUGCAAACAAAGAUUGCUGGCACGAGAGGAGCGGCACCGACGGAAAAUCCACGAGGAACGGCUGAGACCUCCAUCACCUCCUCCCAUAAUGCACUACUCAGAGCACGAGGCAACUCUUCUGGCGGAGAAACUGAAAGAUGACAACAAGUUCAGCGAGGCAACGGCAGUGCUCUUCACGUGGAUCGACAGAGGCGAGGUGAACCGGCGCUCAGCGAAUCAUUUCUACUCCAUGAUCCAGUCGGCCAACAGCCACGUGCGGCGCCUAAUGAGUGAGAAAGCGCAGCACGAAGAGGAGAUGGAGCUGGCCAAAGAACACUUUAAGAAUUCCCUGCUUGCCAUCCUCACACAAUUUGAGCAGAUUACGGCUGUGUUCACCGCUGCCACCAGGCAAAAGGCAUGGGACCAUUUCUCAAAAGCGCAGCGCAAGAACAUAGACAUUUGGCGAAAACAGUGUGAGGAGCUGAGAAAUGCUCACAGUGAAGAGAUCAUGGGAAUACGGAGAGAAGAGGAAAUGGAGAUGUCAGAUGAAGACUCGGACGAAAACCCCUGCAAAAAGAUCAGAUUAGAGGACUCGGUGUUGUCCGCGCAGUCAUGUGCUCUGCGGGAGGAAAACGACAGUCUGCGCUGGCAGCUGGAUGCUUAUAGGAACGAGGUGGAGCUGCUGAAGAAGGAGCAGGGCAAAAUGUAUCGGACUGAGGAGGACCACACACAUGAACAGCAGCUUCACUUCCUACAGCAGACCAUGCAGAACAUGCAGCAGCAACUGCUUCGGCUCCAGGAAGAGCUGAAGGGAAAGGAGCUGGAGCUGGAGCAGGCCAGAGAUGAGCAGCGCUACCUAGAGGGAGAGGUGAUCAGCCUCAGAGAAAAGCUGCUGAACGCCAUGGAGUCAGUAGAUAUGACAAACCACAACUCUGAAUGCCAUGAAAAGGCAGUCAAUGGCACCGCAGCACUCUACCACCAUCGAGAGAAGAAUAACGAGACGGUCAUUUGGGGUCCUUUGAGAUCAGAGAAAGAGGCUCUCUUGCUCGGAAUCAUAUCAACCUUCCUGCACGUCCACCCAUUUGGAGCCAACAUCGAAUAUCUGUGGUCUUACAUCCAGAGACUUGAUACAAAGAUCUCAGCCAGUGAACUCGAAAGAUUAAUGGUGCGACUGCCCAACAUGUUCAAGCAGGAGUUCAGCGGCGUAGGAGCGACACUGGAGAAACGCUGGAAGUUCUGCGGGUUCGAGGCUCUCAAGUCAGCGUGACUCUCAAAGCCACAUAUGCACUAACACCCGACGAAGACUGAUCCAGAGUCAGCCAGAAGAGCAAGAGUCUCAUAGACAACAAAUACAAGCAUCAGAUGGCUGCCGCUCUCGAGAGGAAGCGAGACUCUACACGCGGCACAGCAUCAGAUGUAUUUACUUGAAAAAGCUCUUUCCAGAGCUCUGUGCCGAUUGCAUAACUUAUCUGUCAGCGGCGGCGUCCCUGAAGACUGGGAGAUAUCCAGGAAUUUCACGCCUCUCGGUUAAAAAUACGGAAUGUUGAAUAUGGGACACAGAUGUGUGAUAGCAGCCCUCUGCGUCCAUCAAAGCCGGAGUGUGUCUGUGUGUGUGUGUGUGUGUGUGUGUGUGUAGAUGAUGAUUUCUGCUCUGAAAAAAAUGAUUUGAAACAUGGCCGAAGUGCUGAAGCUUAUAGACAACAGUUGCACAGCUGAAGAUUUGCUGUGUAUCAGGCCGUUCAUGCUGUGUAGAUGAUGUAUUUAACAUGCUCUUCGUGUCUUGAUGCACUGUUGUUAAUGUCUGCUUAUGUAAAUUAAGUUUUCUAAAAAAAAAAAAGAAUCGAUUAAAAACUUUUUAUCUGAAA